AUGCCAUCAUCUGAUAUCCUUGCUGUGAUUGAUAAUCGACUGUUACUUGAAGAAAUGGCUUACAAUAGAGAAGAACUACACAAAGUGCUUAAUCAAUUUCUGCCACGAUUAAAUACACAACAAAUAUCAAUUGGGAAAGUGGUUCUAGUUGUUGCUGCAUCUGGAAUCACAUCAUUAUUACUUCCAUCUGGAACAACCACACAUUCAAGAUUUAAGAUUCCAAUAGACAUGACAAACAAAAAAUCUUGUGAUAUAAAAAAGAGAGCAAUGUUAGGUGAUCUCAUGUGUCAUACAUCACUUAUUAUAUGGGAUGAAGCACCAAUAAGUGACAUAAGAUGUUUUGAAUAUCUCGACAGGUCACUACGAGAUGUUUUAGAAUGUAAGAAAAAACCAUUUGGUGGUAUUUCUGUCCUCCUUGGUGAUGACUUUCGACAAACACUUCCAGUUGUCCCAAAAAGCACACGUUAUGAGCUAACGACACUUACACUACCAAAAUCAUAUCUACGGCCUCUUUUUGAAGUUAGAAUGCUUACGGAAAAUAUGCAUUUACUUUCCAAUACAAAUGCCGAGACAUACACAAUAUCAACAAUGGAUUUUGCCAGUUGGCUUCUCAACAUUGGAGAUGGUUUGCUUGGAUGUCCAGAUACAGAUGAUCCGGACAACACAUCUUGGGUUCAAAUUCCAGAAUCACUGUUGAUCCCACCUGGACCAAAUGCGUUACAAGAUCUUAUACAAUUUGUGUAUGGAGAUUGUAUACUCACCAACCCAACUGCCAAAGACCUUUUAGAAAGGGCAAUUGUUUGUCCAACAAAUGAAGUGGCAGAUAAGAUAAACAACAUGAUCCUAAAAACUAUCACAGCUUCCGGUUUAGUAUAUAACAAUACAAAUUCAAUGUAG